AUGCUCGAUUCGCAACCGCGCUGCCAGCCGAGGGCUCGCGAAUCACCGGUUGAGCCUCUUCUGGCGAAUAAUCACGCCGACCAAGCCGCCUACCAAAUCGCCGCAGCUUACCAAACUCACCCGCCUUCACCUUCUGGCGGGCAAGGGGAUAGUCGGACCUCGCCCAUAGCAGCAGCACCACCAGCUCUGCCCCAUGGAUACAACAACCAUCCCGCAGCCGGCCCACACGAAGCACAUUUGCACCCUGAACUACGAACUCACGAGACAGGCCCCACAAACGGAUACCAACCAGUGCCCGGAAUGAUGCCUGUUGGCGUCCCUCCCCAACAGGAGCAGCAGGGAGCUAUGCCAGGUCCUACUACGCCUGUUGGUGUUCCCCAAAUGGGAAUGACGAGCCCGGGCGACAGCGCUGGUGAUGGUAGGAAGUCUAAACGGGAACUAUCACAGUCGAAGCGCGCUGCCCAAAACCGCGCCGCACAGAGAGCAUUCCGUCAACGGAAAGAAGGUUACAUCAAGAAGUUGGAGCAGCAAGUCAGAGAGUAUAGCGAGAUGGAGAUGGGCUUCAAGGCCCUACAGAACGAAAACUACGCGUUGAGGGACUACAUUCUUCACCUGCAAAAUCGACUUAUCGACGUCCAAGGCGAUUACCCACAACCUCCUCCAAACAUCAACCUAGCGACCCCCCAUACGCAGCAACUUCAGCAACAACAACCCCCACCACCGCCCCCCGUGCCUCAGGGCAUUCCUCCUGAUCAGGUACAAGCUGCGCAGCAGGUUCCCCCCGUUACCAGCGCUCCGCCGGAUUCCCUGGAGGAGGCCGCUCAAGCCGUAGCCGGCCUAAGCCGAAGCGACCAUCACAUGGGCGGAACUCCCCGGGAUCCCUAUGGUACGGCCGCCUCGGCAGCGGCGGCGGCGGCGGCGGCUGCUGCUGCGGCGGCGUCCCGCACAGAUGAGGAUGCGAGGACGGCGGAGGUGAUUCAGAGGCAAUUGCAGGCAGAUAGUAACAACACAGGCAUGCCGGAUGGUCUACCGCUUCAGCAAGCAGCUUUGUAG